CGAAAGCAAAACCUUCAACAAUGCAACAGCACCUCGUGAAGAAGCAGAUGAAAAGGGUGCUUUCAUUGAAGCUGUGUUAAAACAGGAGGGGGCAUCGUAAGUCAGAGAUACCUCAUGUGACUGUCGCUGACAAAUUGUUAGUGUAGACCCGUGAGCUGCUGCUGAUGUUGAUCAUGUUGACUGAGGGGGUUCUUCUUUCUCACUGUGCCACUCUUAACGUGAAGUGGAGCUGCUGAGAGACAGACAGUAAAAGGGAAACACGCAGUCAGAGUGGACGCAGGGUUCUUACACGGAUAUCAUCAAUAUGGCUUGGAGAGGAGGGAGAUCGCGGUCGUUUUAUCGACCUAUCCGUCGUUUGAACUGAAACUGGCGUUGUCUCUAACCCGUGGACUCGAAAGACAAGAAAAGGUGAUGACGUGGAUGGUGCCAUGUGAAUGACUGCAGAACAUGAAGCCCACACACAAGCUGCUGUUCGUCCUGUGCCCCAUGCUGGUUCUGGGCUUUAUUUACUACUCCUCUGGGAAGCUCCAUCUACCUGUGUGGGGCCAGAAGUCUCAGAAUGAUGCAGAAGGGACAGCUGUAGCCCUGACUAAAGGGGCUGAAGUGAAAAGAAUUCCAGGUAGAGAGUUGGAAACGGAAAUCCCCGUGGGACCAAUAGUAGGCUCAGUGUAUGAUAAGCAGGGCUUUCUGCUGCAGCUGGACACGAAACUGCCACCAGAGUUGGCAUACAAGUAUGGAAACCUCAGCGAAGGCGUGUGCAAGCCAGGAUAUGCAGCAGCCAAGAUGACCAACAUCUAUCCCAAGUUCAUGAAACCAGCACCCUUGUUUCUUGAUCGGAACUUCAAACGUUUAGCAAAAGUUAGCAAUUACUUGCCUCCAUUUGGAUUCAAAACGCAAGAGAGAAUCAUAGACAGCAUUUUAACUGCCACAAAGAAUUACGGGUUGGGAGAGGAGCUGGACAGUCUCAGCUGUAAAAGAUGCAUCAUUGUGGGAAACGGAGGCAUCCUGUUCAACAAGUCUCUGGGCCCCCGGAUAGAUGAAUACGAUGUUGUUGUGAGGUUGAAUGAAGCUCCAGUAAGCGGUUAUAGCAAAGAUGUAGGGACCAAAACCACCUUAAGGAUUACUUAUCCAGAGGGAGCUAUCCAGAAGCUUGAACACUAUGAAAAAGACUCACUUUUUGUUUUUUCGGCUUUCAAACCGCUGGACUUUAAGUGGCUCAAACACAUGGUCUUCAAGGAGAAACUGAGGGGCGUAGAGGGUUUCUGGAAGUCGGUGGCUCACUAUGUGCCUCGGGAACCGACCGAGAUCAGAAUCCUCAACCCAUACUUCAUCCAGGAGGCCGCCUUCCAGUUCAUAGGCCUGCCCUUUAACAAUGGCCUGAUGGGCAAAGGGAACAUUCCAACUUUGGGAACAGUCGCCAUAACGAUGGCACUGCACAACUGUGACGAGGUGGCGGUUGCCGGUUUCGGCUACGACAUGAACACGCCCCACGCACCUCUGCACUACUACGAGACUGUAAAGAUGUCAGCAAUUAAAGAGUCAUGGACACACAACAUAUCCAAGGAGAAGGAGUUCCUCCGCAAGCUGGUGAAGUCCAAAGUCAUCACAGACCUUACACACGGUAUCUGAGUUUACACCCACGCCACAGUUUCCUUCAGCCUUCCCCAAAGGACUCCAGAACAGGAAGCUGAGGAAACGUAUUGACUCUUAGAGAGAGAGAGAGAGAGAGAGAGAGAGCCCUCAGAAUCCAGGUGGCCUACUCGCUGCUGGGGUUCUUUCAUAUCAAAGGCGAUCAUUAAAAAAAAAAAAAAAAGAGACACACAGUAGAGUUUCUGUGGAGAGAUGCACACAUGUGCCUUCUGAACCAAAGACUCCUGCUGGCUGAAGCAGGUGAGGGGGAGGACUGGAUCUGCCUGGCUCCUGUCUUUAUCAAGAGACAGUGGCAGGAGAGCUCUGCCAGCCCUGCUCUUCAACGUUUACCACUUCCAACCCCCUCGACUAUCACGCGAAUGAAUAUUAAGAGGUGACAUGUCAAAAAAUGCAGACGUCAGGAGAUAGCUCGACUCGCUGGCUAAACUGAUGAAGGGACAGAAGAGAGGAAUGAAAAGCGGAGCGUGUGGGGAUGGGGGGGAGUAUCAGCGGUGCCAAACGUACCUCGUACAGAGGAGAGGGGCUCGUCCUCUUCUUUUGCUGCCUGAAUGUAUUCACUUUCCUCAGUGUAAAUAUCAAGGAUUUUUACUGUGCUUUUAAACAAGCUGCAGCAGCACCCCCAUUCCUAACCCACCAUCCCCCACCUGCCAUUGGUCCAUUCAUUCUUUCUUACUGUCUGCAGUGUUUCCCCUAGGUUGGAGUUGUAGCAUCGUUGGUGAAGUGGAACAAUGUUUUAGUUGUGAGCAAAUUUUAAAAAAUUCUUGUCAUUAAUAUAAUUAUUAACAUUUAUUGGACAAAAUAAUCAACCAACAACCACCCUAUUGUUGUAACCCGGCUCGUGAGUAAUGGCAAAAGACGAGAGGAGUCAGAAUUUCACCAAAGAAAAUUAAUUAUUUAUUUCAAAACUCGUAAAAAACAUAAUAUUAAGCAGCGGUGGUGAUAGAUGCAUAUAGGGGAAACACUGGUCUUUCCAGGGUCCAAAUUAACUCUUGCCAAGCUAUGAGACAGUAGAAAUAUUAGAGCGAUACAUCAGUGUUUUAGUUGUCCUCAGACUUUUUAUCUACAGAGCAGCUUCUGUCUGCCUGUUCAGCUGGAGAAGUCAACAGAAAGAUGAAAAAUUAAACAUGAAUACAGUUAAAUUAUUUGAAAAGUGUUGUCAAUAAAAGCCUUAAAUCUGCCUUUUUAACAAUGAUCUUAGUUAUGUUAACUUACACUAAAAAAUGUGUGUUGAUUAUUUACUGUAGGUUUAUCAAAAACGAAAGUACCCUGAGAAAUUUGGGUGAUGGUGUUUUUUUUUUUUUGUUGGUUUUUUUUUUCGGGGGGGGGGAGCUCUGCAUCCUCCUUUUUCUUCCCCCUCUUUGUCUCUUUGUAAAUCCCUCUUCCUUUCAUUCUUCCUGUCAUGGGACUGUCCUCAUCACUUCAUCAGCUGUUGGCCUCGUAGUUGAAGCGUAGGCAUCCAGAAAAAUAUUCAGUUUGUUUGAUCCGUUUUUCAAAAAAAACCUCCCGUUGCUGCAGACUUUCUUCUUCUUCAGUGAAUGGUGAUGAUGACAAUGAAUAUAUAUAUAUAUAUAUAUAUAUAUAUAUAUUUUUUUUUUUUGUUUUGAGGUUAACUUUAUUUAUUUUCUUACAAAGUCCCGAUGUUUGGUUUCAGGCAGGCCUGCUUUCUCUUGUUUCUGUUCAGACAAAAAGUCAGGUUAGGAUUUAGUUUUGCUGAAAUUCACCAUCUCGUGCUUCCUCAGAGACUGUCUCAUAUUUAAGGUUGUGUUGAAUCCAAUGAUGAGUUCGUCAUUCAUUGGCUCAGUGUUGAAUGUUAGUCAGCAGAACUUUUUAUUCCUGUGCUUUACGGAGCACAUGUGAACACAACAUGUGCUCUUUUCUGCAUUGUUUAUGUUUUUAAAAAUAUCUAAGUACUGAGAGCAGCUGCUGGCUCGUCAUAUCCUGCUCAGAUCUUAAAUCAACAUCACUUGUGCCCAUUCUUUUUCUUCUUUUCAACACAUUGACAUGCUCUCUCAGUAUUACACAGACGCACCUUUUUACUGCCCCCCUCCUCAGAAAUAUGAUGCGAGAAUGUUGAAAUAUCAGCCGUGUUGCUUUUUGUCAUUAUCAAAAAGAAUGAGUAAGAUUAUCUUUAUAGACAUGGUGUUUAAUUAAAAACUUAGUCAGAUGACUUUUAUGGUUUUUAAACCUGUUUUCAGCAUCUGCUUCUUGUUUAGAAAUGAUCAUUGCUGUACUCACACACAGAAACACACACACACACACACACACACACACACACUGCUUUCGGCAGCUCUCGGUGCAGCUUGUGUCACCCAGUCGUGCUGAAGUGUUUCCUCUGGGUUUGAAGGAUGUGAAUGGGUCACUUAUUUUUCUAUCUCUGCCUUUCUUUGGGAUUUUUGUUUCUGAGGGCAAAGGUACAUCUGACCAUUGCACUUUCAUGAGGCACUCUCAGUGCCUUACACCCUCAUCACCUGGAAGCUGUAGGGAGGAGUUUGACUUGUCACUCCUCACGUGAUUUGAAAACAGUUUCAGAUCAAUGACAUUAUAUUUAGUAAAGGACGACUUUGAGCCCGAUACUGGUGGUUUUUGUAUGUUAAAGUCCAUAAACUACGAAUACAAAGGUGACUUCUUGUCUGAGGUUACUUAUUAUUCUUCUGCAACGCUGCUUUUCAUCUCUCUAGUUUUUGGCAGCUUUCUCAGCCCGUGAAUAACAGCUGUACAGUUACUUUCUGAGGGCUAAGAAAGGGUUGGAUCUGAUGAUUUUUGGAGCCUUGAUCAUACUCAUGGACUAAAGGUCAGGAUGUUUUUGCUCACUGCUGCUACAAAUCUCUCCCUUUAGUACACUGGCUUUGUGGAAUUGUACUGCCAAAUCACUGGAGUACUUAUUUAACGAUUGAAUAUGUUUGAACGUCCUUGAACGUGACAGCAAGUGGUAGUUUGAAAGUUCUCUUGUGUUACUGCGACAGAUAUAAACAUAGUGUUUUACAAAGCUUGGAACAUUUCUUGCCUACCUAGCUUCCUGUAAUGUACAUCAAUCUUUGGCUAAUGGUUGUAUCAAAUUUUGAAUCUGUGCAAUUUAGAGUCUAAAAGGCUUCAUAAAAAACAUGCCAAACCACCAGUAUGGUCUUUCCAGCUUUGAGACUGAGCAGAUCGUGUGUUGGAGGGAGUCUCUUUUCUGUUUUUUUUUCUUCUCUGUUUUGAAUUUUUACGAAUGCUGGAGGAGUUCAAAUGAAUUGAACCCAAAUCACCUCGACAGAGUCUCUCUUCAUUCAAAACAGAAUGUAUUUGCUUGAACUCAUACAUCAUAUUUCUAAGAUUUUAUUUUUUUCAUUUCAUCUUCAUCAUCAGCAGGAAGUCAAAGAGGUCAAGUGUUACUAUAUCUUUUUUCUUUUUCUUUUUUUUUUUUUUUUUUACAUAAAGUUCUAAAUGGCUUUCUGCAACACAAUAAAUGAGUUUGUAAUGGAUAUUUGCCUGUGCAUGUUGUCUGCAUCUUUUGACUGCUUCUGUGGAGCAAAUAGAUGUUUUUUUUCACAGCUCGACGACAGUGUGUUUUUGUUUUGUAUUGGUCAUUUUGUACAUACAUAUCUGUACACUGUGAAUUUCCAGUAUAUAUAGUAAAUAUUUUUGAUGUA